ACUGCGUAUGUAAAAUAGAUAAUUAUGUAACAUGUUAUCUAUCAGAUUCAAGGUCAGUGCAGAUAGCGAUAUUUGUAUAAGAUAAACAGAUUCAGUGUAGUUCAUCAUUUUACCAUUGUGUUUCACCUUAAACUUAUAAAUAUGCCAGUUUGUCUUCUAUACACAAAUUUAAAGCGGUCGGAUAUAGACGUAAAUUUGGAAGAAAAGGUAGCAAGAUGCAUUUCGGAGACAUUGAAUAGACCGUUUAAGAAUGUAUUCGUUACCCUUGUUACCGAAACACCAUCGUUUUGUGCAGGAUCACGUGAACCAUCUAUGGUUUGCCAAGUGCAAUCAAAAGAGGUCUUUGAAGAUCCAAGCAAAAUAGCUGGAUACUAUCCGAAAUUUUUCGAGAUUUUGAAACAGGCAACAAAUAUUCCGGGAAACAGGAUUGUAUUAACUUUCCAGCAUGUACCAGACGCUUAUGCUGACAUAGGACAGUAACAUUUACAUAAUAUGGAAACAAUAUACAGUGUAUUACAUGAUGUUAUAUCUGGUGACAAUAAAAGUUUGAUUUAAAGUUAA